AGCUCUACGAUCUCGGACGUCGGGUUACGCGCGGCGCGGAGGCGGCCGCGGGCUGAGAUACCGGCACCCAGCUCCAGGUCCGGGGUCGCGGCUGGGCAGCGCGACCCGGGCUGCAGCGAGGCCGGCGGCCCCUCGCGCCCUCCCGUCAGGCCGCCAUGCAAGGCCCGGGAGGGAACGUGAGCCGCGGAUUGCCGAGCGGGCCGGCCUCCACGGUCGCGUCCGGGGCGGGCCGCUGUGAGAGCGGCGCGCUCAUGCACAGUUUCGGCAUCUUCCUGCAGGGGCUGCUCGGCGUCGUGGCCUUCAGCACAUUGAUGCUUAAACGCUUCAGAGAACCAAAGCAUGAAAGACGGCCGUGGAGGAUAUGUGCUGGAAGAUGGAAGACGAUGUGAACGGAGCAGCCUCUGCUGUGAGCUUCUCCAUCUUGACUGUUACGAGAUUAUGCCUGUUUUUAGACACUUCCAAACAAGCCAUAGGGAUGCUCUUCAUCCACUUUGCAAAUGUGUACCUAGCAGAUCUCACUGAAGAGGACCCUUGUUCACUGUACCUCAUCAACUUUCUUCUGGACGCCACUGUAGGCAUGCUGCUCAUUUAUGUGGGCGUACGCGCCGUCGGUGUCUUGGUGGAGUGGCAGCAGUGGGAAUCCCUGCGUUUUGGAGAAUAUGGAGACCCUCUGCAGUGCGGGGCCUGGGUAGGACAGUGCGCCCUCUACAUCGUGAUCAUGAUCUUUGAAAAGUCCGUGGUCUUCAUCGUCCUCCUCAUACUCCAGUGGAAAAAGGUGGCCCUAUUGAAUCCAAUUGAAAACCCCGACCUGAAGCUGGCCAUCGUCAUGCUGAUAGUCCCCUUCUUUGUCAAUGCUUUCAUGUUCUGGGUAGUGGACAAUUUCCUCAUGAGAAAGGGGAAGACGAAAGCUAAACUAGAAGAAAGAGGAGCCAACCAGGACUCAAGGAAUGGGAGCAAGGUUCGCUACCGAAGGGCAGCAUCCCAUGAGGAGUCUGAGUCUGAGAUCCUGAUCUCAGCUGACGACGAGAUGGAGGAGUCUGACGCCGAGGAGGACCUCCGGAGACCUGUGAAAAAGAAGCACCGCUUCGGGCUGCCUGUAUGACACAUUCCCACGCUGCGGGUGACAGUCCUGGGGCCCAGCCCUGCAGCAACAGCGUCUCUGCCCUCCUCUCUGCCCUCCUCUUCUACCUCUGCUCCUCCUGCUGUCUCUGCCCGCUCUCCACCCGCCCCAGACGACUGUGACUUAAAAGAGGGAAGAGGACCCAUGCCCGAGGGGGCUGUGGGCAGCUGGAGUGCCCACUCAGUUGCACUACAAACACUGACCAAAUAUGCAAGCGAAGAGCUUUGUUUGUUUGUUGUUGUCCCUUAGGGGUUCUGUAAGACCCCCUGUCCUGUCUGACCAGGUGGCAUGGUGGAAGGAAACAGCACACAGACUGUUGCGGGUCCUGGAGCUGAGGCUGCCGGCCUUGUGGACAAGCGCUGUGCUUGAGGUUAGCAGUUGCUGGUUGACCCAAGUUGGAACAGGAAUGCUUUCUUAACUCAAAAUGGCUUUUGUAACUCUUUAUUUCUAAAGCCAGUUUUAUGAGCUGUGACAGUGUUACUGUUUUUUGAGUAUGUGUUCAUUUCCUACAAAGUAUCUAUGGGUCUAAUGGGCAAACAGAUUUUUAAGUCUUCCGUAUACUGUUGGACUUUUAUAUUUUUAAGUUAUAUUUUCAUACUAUUGUAUUUAAAACUCUUUUUAAUCCCCAAAGACAUGGAUUUGUUUGCCUUUCAUGGGGAAUGAGCUAGGGGGAGGUGGGUAAAAAUGAGGAGUUUUGGAGGCAGGAAUAUUGUUAAGUAACAUCGAUGGUGAGAUAAACGGCCCUGGUGGGAAGGUAGAGAGAUAGCGCUUAUCUGCGCUCACAGAUCCAUAGUUAAGGUCAGAACCUGCACAGGAGGCAGCUGCUCCAGUGUGGGGACAGACAGAGCCCUGCCAGGGCAUACAAGCUGCCGUGUUGGAGGCAAUGGUUAAACUUCACUCAGGAGUUACACGUUUGUGUCCAGAGGACUCAAGACCGCCUCCGGCUACUCCUGUUGGUUUCCUGCCUAUCUCAGUCUCUAAAUUGCAAGUGUUAGAAUGGCCUCAGCCUUGACUGCCUGUACAGCAGCCUUGACUGUACAGCAGCUUGCAGAGCCAACCUUUGCCCUGGUCUGUCACCAGCUGCCACCUGCUUGCUUGCUUAGCUGUCUAGAGAACUCUUCCUGGCCGGAAGAGCCUGUCAUGAUGCCCUACAAAGUUGUGAAAUAACUGCAGCAGAGCAGACACUGGUGUGAGUCGUGUUUGAAUGUGUAGGUUGUAUGAGGCAUUUCUAACUGGCUCCUCUCUGCUGGCCACACCCACUCCUCAGCCGGGCUGUGGUUUACCUGUGGGCCAGCCUGGCCUGGCACUGUCCCUGCUGUGGGAGCAGCAGGGCGGGACUGUCUGAUGGCCUCUCAGUGGUAAGGAGCACAAGAACACCCACCGCCUCACGGGCUGAGGCCUUAGGUGAGACAAGCACAGAGGACAGCUCUCCUCAGAACCCCUAAGCCUAGGUCAGAGUGUGCUUUGCAUAAGCAUACAGGCUCUAAAUAUGCUUGUGGCCCGUGACCCUAGCCCUUGCCCAGGAUACCUGGGCUGUCUUCUGCCACUUGAAACCUUCCUUGUCACAGACAGAAGGGUAUGCUCUGGGUGGCCCUCUCAGCUCACUGUCUAGCGCAAGUCACUGAGAAGAGUGAGUCUGCUGUGGGAGGCUGCACAUUCCUGUCAGGCAGAGGCCAUGACCUGGAACGGGUCCGCCAGGCCCUGCCUUGGUCUCAGUUCCCAUUUUCUUCCAUCGUUCAGCAGUGGUCAUUCUCUCCCCUUCUCUAGUGAGCUUCCACUGAGCUCAAACUCCUGGUGAGCUGGUCAGCGCCCGGGUGUUGCUGACGUCAUCCUCACGUCCCCUUCCCCUUUGCUGUGCUUUAGCUGGCCUUUGCUGCGCACACCCCUGCCAUCCCUCUGGAGCUCAGAGCUGAAACCUCAUUUUCAGACUCAAGCUCCUGGAGUUUCCAAGCUAGACACAGAGGUGGGGGAAAUGCUGUUAAGGACGGAAGGAUGGCAACUCCGGGUGCACAGCCUCACAGAGGUGGUCUGUAAGGUCCUCCCAGCUCCCAGGCACAGGGCCUGGAGGACAGGAAGCAAGUGAGUGCAAGUUCCUUCUGCACCCUGAUUUCCGCUAAGGACUGUCGUCUCUGGGCUGCAGCUGUGGAGUUGGCUCAGUAGGAGAGGAGGUCCAACAGGGAUCUGCCACUAGAGCCUGUCUGUGUGCAAGCGUGGUGUGUGUCUGUCCUUCCCUCUCCCUGUGGAUGUGCGCAUGCAACCAUACAGCAAAAGCACAUACAAUUCCGCAUCCCUUGGGAGAGCCUCCGGUGGCCGACAAGGCCUUUCUGUCACCGUGGUGCACUGUCUCACUGGAGUGGAUGUAGAGGGCUCUGGUCAGGACUUCUUCCUGAGCUGUCCCCCCUCCCCGGAACAAGUGUCCACAUCACUUGUUCCAAGUUGCCUUAUGAGGUGGGACCCUUUACUGGCUGAUUGCGGGCGACACCGAGCUAGGGAAAAAAAAAAAAAAAAAAAAAAACAAGAAGUGUGGAAUGCUGACCUAGCUGUGGUGUGCUGUCAAUCUGAUUUGUCCAAAUAGGUACCUUGGCCAAGCUGCUCUUGGUAGAAGCUUGCCAGCCACGGUGAAGAAUGAGGUUUUUUUGUUUUUGUUUUUGUUUUUGUUUUUUUUUUGUAACUAACAGAAAUAAACCAAUGAGAGAGAGCUGACACCUAACUCGGA